AUGGGUGGAGACCUAGACCAGGAGUCCAUUUUCUAUGUGGAAACACUUGAGAAGGAAGACAUGGGAGAAUUACAUCAAACCUUGCUGUGCCAAGGCCCUGUGGAAUUCACAAGUGGCAGGAAAAGAAAUAAAAGAUAUCUGUCCUUAUUUAAUGAUGCUUUGGUUGUGUCUAGCAACCUCUUGAAAGAACAGAAAGAUCGGUGGUACUAUUUUCUUAAAAGGUAUUUUACUUCAUAUGUAUUAAUGAAAGCCAAGAUGGGUAUCAAGAAAAAUUUCUCACUGGAGAUAUUCACUGAGGACAUCCCAACCUGUGACAAUCCUUUAUGUGUAACAGCAACAGACAUCAAUACAGUGAAUGAUAUAACUGAAAAGUUACUACCAAUAAUAAGAAUGCCUAACAGUGAAGAUUACCAACUGUGGUUCUGUCCUGGCCAUGAGGAAGCUCCAAGAGCACUCGAAGGCUGCGAGAAUCCACAUGACAUUAUAAUGGCCAACCUUCAAAAUAACUGCAAUAGAUUGAACUCAAAAAUAUUCACCGCAUUCCCUGCUUUACCUGGAUUGUUUGUGAAAGACUUAAACUCAAAUGUACAGGGACAAUUCAUCUUAAAGCCCUGA